AUCCCACACCAUAAUUCUAUAACUCAUCCUCCCUACCCCACCCUCCUUCUCCCUCUAAUAUUCCCCACUCUUUGCCGCACCAAACUUUGGCGGUAACCCUUCCUACAUUGGGAAAUCAUUUAUACUUGCUUACAAAGCCAUCACCUCCCAAUAUAACCCCUCACACUUCAUCUCUCUUCUCCAUAAGAUUAUUUCAAUCAUACGAGCAAUGAGAAACAGAAUGGAGAGACUUCGUUCCUUCCCCUUCUCCGUCGGCUGCAUUUCUCAUCGCGGCGUCAAUGUUGCCAACAAUCAACCAAAGAAAUAUCGCAUUGAAUCGGAUGCAACACGAACAAGUGAAAUUCAAUCCAACUCAAGGAUGAAGACCUCCUUUCUUCCUACUCCAAAGAUGAACAUAUCUAAAGGGAUUCAGCAAGUAAUCAAGAGCUUCAAGAACUUAUCAAACUUUUUCAAGUUCCACAAAGAGGAAGCUGAUGACGACGACGAGUACAUUGAGAUGGAGAUUGGAUUCCCUACUGAUGUUCAGCAUGUAGCUCACAUAGGAUGGGAUGGCAUGAAGAGCUGUGAUAAAAGCCAUGACCUCCUCUCUCUACACACAAUAUCCAUGAAGCAGUCUGAGCUUGCCAUGGCUGCUCGAGCUGAUGGUCCCCACUGAGAAAUAUUUGGCACAAUAGUUCCAUCCUGUCAUUUUCUAUGUGGGUUGCCUCGUGUUUUUGGUGAGGAGUGACAUGUGAACUUGUAUAGACUUUUUCUUGUGAUGUAAGA